AUGUCUUCGUCAACGCAAACCUCUGCAUCGUACACCAAAUACGAGAGCAGAAAUCGAAACCCAAAUCCAAGGUCAUGUGCGCUCUUAGUCAUCGACGUUCAAAACUACUUCUCCUCCAUGGCCACCCCAAUCCUAUCUAACCUCAACACCACCAUUAACCUCUGCCGAGGUGCCUCCAUUCCCGUCAUCUUCACGCGCCACUGCCACAAGCCCGAGGAGCACCGCAACUUGCUGCAUGAGUGGUGGUUCGACGAUCUCAUCAUGGACGCCACGUGGGAGUCCCAACUCAUGGAGGAUUUGGAGAGAGAGGGCGGGGACCUGGUCGUGGAGAAGAACUCCUACAGUGCGUUCAGAAAGACGAAAUUGGAGGAGAGGCUGGUGGAGAUGGGCGUGGAGGAGGUGAUCGUGGCGGGGGUUAUGACGAACCUGUGCUGCGAGACGACGGCGCGUGAGGCGUUUGUGAGAGGGUUUAGGGUUUUCUUCUCUGUGGAUGCUACUGCUACCUCCAACGUGGACCUGCAUGAGGCCACUCUCAAGAAUUUGGCUUAUGGCUUCGCUUACUUGCUCGAUUGUCAGAGGCUUAAACUUGCUCUUUCUGUCAAUUAA